AUGUCAGUGAUUUACAGUGAAGUUGCAGGUGAUGAAAACACCAAUGACAGCUUCUGGAUGCCUAACAACUAUGGACCCACAGUGAAGCGGACGGAAGAUGGCCACCGACUGUGUGAUGAGAUCAUUGCUUGUUUCCAAGACAGAGCUAAAAUAGAGAAACAGUACGCUCUGCAGAUGGGUGAAUGGACUCGGAAAUGGAAACCGCUGGUAGACAGCAGUCCCAUGUAUGGCUCUCUUCAGCGUGCCUGGAAAUCAUUUAUGACAACCACAGAGAAGCUCAGUGCACUACAUGUACAAAUCCAAAAGACUCUGAUGACAGAUGACACUGACAGAAUACGCAACUGGCAAAAGGAAACCUACCGCCGCAAGAUAUUUGGUGGCUUCAAGGAGUCUUGUGAGGUGGAGAAUGGCUUCCACAAGGCACAAAAACCAUGGGCCAAGAAAUUAAAGAAGCUUGAAAAGGCAAAGUCAGCGUAUCACAAAGCAUGCAAAAAGGAACAUUUAGCAAGCGUCAGAGAGAACAAUGGAAAGAUCAACCCGGAAUUAUCUCUAGAGAAACAGAAGAAGCUCACAGAAGACCAUGAAAAAUGUAAAGAAGACAAAGACAAGGUGAAGCAGAGGUACGAGAAAGCCUUGCAAGAACUCAAUAAAUAUAAUCCUAAGUAUAUGGAAGAGAUGGAAACUGUGUUUGACCAAAGCCAGCAGCUGGAGCAGAAGAAAAUACUCUUCCUCAAACAAGAACUGCUAUCAAUACACAAACACCUUGACAUUACCAAUAACGAGAGCAUUAUGGCUGUCUAUGGUGACUUGAAUCAGGCCAUUAUGACUGUCAGUGACCAGGAAGAUUUGAAGUGGUGGAGGAACAGGCAUGGCCCUGGAAUGUUAAUGAAUUGGCCUCAAAUAGAGGAGUGGAAUCCAGACAUUGAGCAACAGAUAGUGAAAAAGAAGAAAGUGAAAGAGGAUAACGUGAAAUUACACAGUGUGACCCCUACUGAGACCAGUAUGAAUCGACCACCAGUAAAUGUGCCAGGGGUCCGCGUUCGAGCUGUGUAUGAUUAUUCUGGACAGGAAUCUGAUGAGCUCAGCUUUAAAUCAGGUGAUGAACUCACAAAGAUCGAAGAUGAAGAUGAACAAGGUUGGUGCAAAGGCGUUACAGACCGUGGCCAAGUUGGACUGUAUCCUGCCAACUAUGUUGAAGUUAUUUCUGGAUAG